GUGGAAUAUAUUUUCAAAAGGAAGGUCGAUAGAGAUAAUUUCGCAAGAUGUGCAAGUUUAGAACGCUAGACGAUGCUCCUGUAACAUUACGCCAAUGGGAAAAGGCGGAGAAUGUGUACGAUUAUGAAUAUAACUUCGAAAAAAAUGCAAGCGAGGAAGAAGUAGAGGCGAUGCAUAACCAUGAAUCGGUUGAAAGCCCGAUGCCGUAUCGCAGGAAGAAGGCGAUUACAAAGAUAUUCCGAAAGAGCUCGUAUUUGCCUGGCCUUGAAGACAUCGAGGAAUGUGUGGAAGAACAAGACAUUGCUUUAGACUACGUAGCGAGUUCUGAAGAGGAGUACGAUCUGUCGUUGUCGGCCAUUCACCAAGAACGAGCGUGGCGCUAUUGUAGCCGGCCAAAAUUCGAUGUCCCUAGUCGUUCCCGCCAUCACAGACAUCGACAUCAUCGUUCUGGCAAGGAAGAAGGCGACGAAAACGGCAAACGAAGACGAAGAAGGCAUAAAAGCGAUGGUUUAGUGACGAACAAUACAUGACAUUGUUGCACUUUUGACCCAACGAAGGACAGACUUGUGUUGUGACGGAUGGCACGUUUGCAAGAGAACGCUAAAUAAUUGCCAAAAACAACGUGUAUUCUUUGAAAAACAUUACUGAGAACGAAAAGACACUUUUAUUUGGAUUGUCCAGUUAAUAUAUGUUUUAGAGUCGAGUGUUUUAUGAGAACGUUUACUCAGACAUUGAGCUUUGAGAAAUUUACAUAGAGUUUAAUACUUAUAUCAUAUAGAUUACGCAAACACUGAAAAAAAACGAACCAAAAAUAUUGCUAAUAGUUUUAUUAAAUAUUGUUAAUAGAAAGCUUUUUUUCUUAUUCAGUACGUAGUUUGGGGUUCUUUAAAAGAUAAGAUACAAUUUGUUCAGUUUAAAAUGUUUUUGCCGGGCAAAUCAUUCAAUAUGGAAGUAA